UGAUCCUCCUGCCUCAGCCUCUGGAGUGCUGGGAUUGCAGGCGUGUGCCACCAUGCCUGGAAAAUCCUGUUCAGUGCAAACUGCAUAAGACGCUAUUUGGAGACUGCCUGGCCAUGUGUGUGGCUGCUCAAGUGCAGCUGCUCUGUGCGCACUUCCCUUUGGUGACACGCAGGUGUCCCCGCCUGCCCCUGACAGUCUCAGUCCUGUGGAAUGCCAGCUGAGACUCCCGCAGUCAUUCUGAUUCAGAUGCAGUGCUAGAAGCUGUGAAUGCUUCCAAAGUAGACCGAGGCCAAAGUGACUUAGGGGGCUGAGACCUGAGUCCCCCAAUGUUUGAGUCAUAGAAGUGGAGCUGUUUCUGCCUGAGAUCUGAGGGGCUGUGGAGAUCACUGUGCCCCGGGACAGUGACAUCACCAUCCUCGUAAAGCAGGGGGCCCCAUCCCUGAGACCCUGCCACCUCUUCACCGCCAAGCGGCAUGUGACCAUGCUGACUGUCAAGCCUGGGGAGAGGACAAGCUUCAGCUUCACCUGCCAGGACCCAGAGAAGCACUUCGUCCUGGAGAUCCAGAAGAACAUCGACUGCACGGCCAGCCCAUGUCCGCUGGGUGAGGUCCCGCUGCAGCCGCCCGCCGCCGCGCUGCCCGCCCUCAACAGGACCUUCGUGUGGGACGUGCGCACCCGCAAGAGCACCGGCCUGGAGCUGCGCUUCUCCGGGCCCCGCCUCAGGCAGGUCGGCCCGGGGGACAGCUGUCCAGACGGCGUCACCUACACCAUCAGCAGCCGCGUGGAUGCCGCCGUGGUCAAGAUUGGCACCUUCUGUGGCAAGGGCACGGUGUCGCGCAUCAAGCUGCAGGAGGGGCUGAAGGUGGCCCUGCACCUCCCCUGGUUCCAGGCCAGAAACGAGUCCGGCUUCAGCAUCACCAACCACACGGCCAUAAAACGCCUGUGCAUCGUGGAGUCUGUGUUUGAGGAUGAGGGCUCGGCGACCCUGCUGUCGGCCAACUACCCGGCUGGCUUCCCCGAGGAUGAGCUCAUGACGUGGCAGUUCAUGGUGCCCGCACACCUGCGGGCCAGCGUGUCCUUCCUGGACUUCAGCACGUCCAACUGUGAGCGCAAGGAGGAGCGUGUGGAGUACCACAUCCCCGGCUCGGCCACCAACCCCGAGGUGUUCCGGCUGGACGACCCGCAGCCGGGCAACAUGGCCGGGAACUUCAACCUGUCCCUGCAGGGCUGCGACCAGGAUCCCCAGAGCCCAGGCGCCCUGCGGCUGCGCUUCCAGGUGCUGGUGCAGCACCCCCAGACCGAGAGCAAUAAAACCUACGUGGUCGACUUGAGCCAGGAGCGAACCCUGUCGCUGAGCAUCGAGCCGCGGCCCAAGCCGAGCCCCAGGUUCAAGGCCGGCUGCUUCGUGUGUCUGGAGUCCCGGACCUGCAGCCCCAAGGUCACACUGGCGCCUGGCUCCAAAUACAAGGUCUCCUUCCUCUGCGACGACCUCACGCGCCUGUGGGCCAUUGCUGAGAAGACCCUAAGCUGCAGCGACCACCGCUACUGCCAAAGGAAGGCCUUCCCGCUGCAGGUGCCCGACGACGUGCUGCAGCUGCCCGUGCAGCUGCGCGACUUCUCCUGGAAGCUGCUGGUGCCCAGGGACAGGCUCAGCCUGGUGCUGACGCCGGCGCGGAAGCUGCAGCAGCACACGCACGAGCGGCCCUGCAACGCCAGCUUCAGCUACGUGGUGGCCAGCGCUGCCCCAGACCUGUACUUCGGCUCCUUCUGCACCGGCGGCUCCAUCAAGCAGGUGCUGUUGCGGCAGAACAGUUCUGUGACACUCCGCACCUACGCGCCCGGCUUCCACAGCGAGGUCCCGGGCCAGGGCCUCACCGUGUCCUUCGUGCCCUACUUCAAAGAGGAAGCCAUCUUCACGGUGACCCCAGACACGAAGAGCAAGCUCUACCUGAGGACCCCGAACUGGGACCGCGGCCUGCCGGCCCUCUCCUCCGUGUCCUGGAACAUCACCGUGCCCAGCGGCCAGGAGGCCUGCUUGACCUUCUCCAAGGAGCGCACUGGAGUGGUCUGCCAGUCCGGGCGCGCGUUCAUGAUCAUCCAGGAGCAGCGCACACAGAUGGAGGAGAUCUUCAGCCUGGAGGACGACACGCUCCCCAAGCCCAGCUUCCACCGCCACAGCUUCUGGGUCAACAUCUCCAACUGCAGCCCCACCAGUGGCAAGCAGCUGGACCUGCUCUUCUGGGUGACUCUGACCCCAAGGACCUUGGAUGUGACCGUCAUCACUGCUGUGGUGGGAGGCGGAGUCUCACUGCUCUUCGCCCUCGGCCUCAUCAUUUGCUGUGUGAAGAAGUACAGGAAGAAGAAGGUGAACAAGGGCCCCGCCGUGGGCAUCUACAAUGGCAAUAUCAACACCCAGAUGCCACUGCAGCCCAAGAAGUUCCAGAAAGGACGAAAGGACAACGACUCCCACGUGUAUGCGGUCAUCGAAGACACCAUGGUGUACGGGCACCUGCUGCAGGGCUCCGGUGGGUCCUUCCUGCAGCCGGAGGUGGAUGCCUACCGGCCCUUCCAGGGUGCCAUGGGCGACCGCCCGCCCAGCCCACCGCCCACCUGCUCCAGGGUGCCCACUGCCAAGCUGGCCGAGGAGAAGCCGCCCCCUUGCACCUCGCUGGAGCCUGAGACCGAGCCCUACACCUUCUCCCACCCCAGCCAGGCGGCUGGGAGCAACCGGGCCACACACGUGCCCCUGCUGGACCCACAGGAGCCGGGGCUGCCGGCAGAGUAGCAGGACCCCUGCCAAGAGGCUUUGUGCACUCGGCAAGAGGCACCCUGGGGCUCCCUCCCAGGGUCCUCCAGAAGAGGGAACAGGGGACAGUGGGCUCCUGGACUCCACCCCGGAGCCUACCCCUCACAAGUUGAUUCUGACCCGAUCCAGGUCACCAUCUCCAUGACAGGAGAGGGACGAGGGGUGCAGCACCGGGAUCCCUGGCUUUGGAGAGACACACAGACCCACUUCUGGAGACACUGGCGGUCCAGGAGCCCCAGUGAGGUCCUCGCUCCCAUCGGGACGGCAAUGACAGUGUGCCUGUUUAUUAUUAUUUAUUGGGUGGUCCUGCAUCCUGAAGAGGUGGACUGCCCAACUACGAAGCUCUUCGACCCAACGGAGCAGCCACUCACUCAUGGCUCAGAUGGCUGGGCUUUGACUUCCACUGGUCACAGGCCCCUGUGAGGUGGGCCUAAUUCACCACCUGUCCAGCUGGAGGAGCAUGUACACGUGCGGGGCCCCACCACAGAUUUUAUCCUGGUCCCCUGCCCUUUGCUCCCAGAAAUGAGAGACAUUUCCGGAAUUGCCAUGCAGGCUUCCCCAGCUGAGCUAAACUUGGACCCUGCAUGGAAACUCAGAGGACACCUGCGUCCUCUGGAAAUGUUCCAGCGUAGGCUGGGCUCGCCCCGGGGCUGGCUGCUACUACACGCUGUUCGGUGGCUUGAAAUCAACAGGGAUUACUUUCUCACCGUUCUGGGGAUCAGUCUGCUGCUCCCUUGGCUUCUCCCCAGCUUGGCGCCAGCCCUGGCCCAGGGGCUACUGAGUCUCUCCCUGGGGUGGCUGUCACUCUGUCACUGACACCUCCUCCCUCCUCCCCUCCAGUCCUGUCUCCCAUCUUGGCGCUGAACUCCAGCACACCGGGAAAGCCCCUUCCUCCAUGCAGGGCCCCGCACCCCAGGACGGGACAUGGCGCAGUCAUCCUUGGGGCGCCCUCUGCCUACCCCCUCUUUCCGCCACAGACACCCUCAGAGCCACUGAGAACCGUCCAGCCUGUGGGGUGUCUGGUUACCCUGGAAUCUUUUUUUUUUAAGUUACCACCAUUCAGAAUCCACAAAAUAAUAUAGAAAAAUCCCAGUGAGAAUUGCUGGCCAGGCUGGGCUCACGCACCCUCCAGGGCAACCAGCCAGGGCAGAUCACCCAGUCCUGCUGCUGCCGUCGCCGCCCGCCAUGAGGCCGCAUGUCAGUGCUUUGGAUCAGUGUCCUGCCAACUGCUUUUCCUGGGAAGAUAAGGAAAGACGGGCUCUUCCUGAGAUGGAUGUAUGUGUGCCCUGCAGACGGUUCUCUUCCAGCCCAGCUUGCACUGGUGUGGCUGCUGUCUGGAGGAGGGAGGGCCACAUGCAGCUCAGCAGCACUGCAGUGGAGACGCCCUCCCCUCCUCCUCCUCCUGCCCCCCCCCCCCCCCCGCAUGUUCAGGGUCCACCUGGAAAAGCACCGCCUCGCGUGUCCCUGUGGGGGGAAAGGGAGGAGUGUGACAGCCCAGCCGCGUAUCCUCCAAGGCCUCCAGAGGGAGAGGAUCUGUUUGUGAUGACCCCCGACGUGGGUCCUGGCCCCUGCCCUGCUGAAGGGCGGCUCCUGUCCAGGUACCGAGGCCCCGUGACCCGCGGUGGCACCCUGGGCGGAGGAGCCCAGUGGCGGUUGCCAUGUGGCUUCCUGCUGUCUCCCUGGCUGAGACACAUCGCCAGCUCUUGCAGGGACCUGGUGGCUCUUCUAACUGGUGACUCUGCACUCUGGGCCAAGCACUGGCACCCUGAGCACCAGAGCAGUCCCAGCUCCUCUCUGUGGGUAACUCGGGUCCUCAGGGGCCAUGCGUGGAUCCUGUCCACCUCCCCUGGUCCGGAGGGGAAGCUGCCCAGGAAGGGCCUCGGACACAGGCAGGGCCAUGCUGCAAUGCCACUGGAAAUUAUUUAUUUAUGUAGAGACUUAAGUAGCAUUUUAUUUGUUUCCUAUGCUUUUUUAAAAUAAAUACACAACAGAG